UUACGGGCGCAUGGUCAGUACUUACUGGGAACUUACGCAUGUAUCUGAUAUGCGCUAAGAUAUCUUGAUCCCGCUUUACACAACAGCGGAAGACUAAUAUUCCAGAAAUAUUUCAAGUGUUAUUCCAGUUACGUAGCUGCCAGUUCUGAUGUUUAACAUGAGACCUAUAUGACAUUGUGAUGUUGGUUCUAUGACCAUGUCUCUUUAAACCUCGUCACCCGACUUGUGUACGGAGUCGGUAAAAAUAUCUAACGACUUGUUAAUUUCCGUUUAAAAUCAAAAUGGAUCGUCGCACAUGCGGAUGGAUACUAAUAUUGCUAGGGAUCUGUGUGACGUACGGCCAAGGUCGGUUAUGCUACAUCUGUGGGUACAACAAGCCGACGGACGGCCGGAUAGGAAUCCAGUGUACGAACGAUACAGCCAAACUCCCUGGUCCUCCUACAAACUGUUCCAACGAUCGGGUUUGUACCUUCGACGUCCAGUUUCUCCGAGCAUCCAAUGAGGUAGUGUCUGUGAGUCGGAACUGCCUGCCGUCUUCUGCCCCUCGUUCCAACAUGUGCCUCGACGAUUGGACACACCGGCAGUGUACCUACUCGUGUGGUACAGACUUGUGUAACAACAUAACGGUACAGGAACUUUACCGCCGAUACGGGGACACGGAUGCCAACUCUGCACAAUCAUUCACCAGAAUUGUCUCCCCUGCGUAUAUUAUUCUGGCUGUCUGUAUUGUCUGGGUCGUUAAGAGACGGACCAGUCCCUAAUUGCUAAAAGGUUAACGAGUGAGCUUUGUGUCAUUUCAUAAUCCGGAAGUCUAGAAUAUCAUUCUUUGGGCGUCGAUAUUGAAUUAUUAAAUAGUGGAAGUUUUUUUUAUAUAUAUAACCAAGAUGUAUGUUUAUAUUUCGGUGUUUUGCUGUAUUGUCUCAUUGUCAAGAUAUUGUCCUAAAUGGGCCUCAUUGUCAUAGUUUAAAGCUCAGUAUCAUUUUUGCAAGGGUUAGGGUUAGUAAUACCUGACUACCCUGGUGUUGAUACAUCAAUAACCACUUCUGAUACCAAAUGCUGUUCAAGCGACACCACAACCAUGAAAGAUAUCUAAAGAUGUUAUUUUAUUAUAUGAUUCCAAUUGAUAUUAUACGUUAUUCUUUAAACAAUUUUCCAAUUUUAAUUCGUUUUUACAACAAUAAAUGAAUAUAUAUAUAUAUCUAUAACAUGUUUAAAAACAUUUUAAAUUGUAAUGAAUGAUAAUUAUUAAUGUUAUAUAAACAUUUUGUUUGUGUGUAACUGCACGUUUUGCAGUGGACUAUUGGUAAAUAGACCAGUAAAUGAUAUAUUUGAUAUCGUUGUGACACUAGCCAAAACGUUAUUGGCUGAACACCUGUGUGAGGUGUAGAAUUUUUUAAUGUGAUAUUAGUAAAGAUGUUCGACCUUAGACUUGCCUGUAAUAGCUUUGGUCGGCAUGCAUUUUGUUUUCCAUGCCUUUUAGAGCUUUACUUCGAUAUUAAAACCAUUCUAAAGUUU